GGGCGACUUUGUCAGUACCCCAAACUGUCCCCGCACGAGGUCACUCUGCCCGGUCAUAUGCUGGAGCCCGCGGGAGCGCCACAUCGCCAGCCACACCCCUCCCCCCCCACCCAGCCCACGUGAGCCGGCCUAGUUUCUCCAAGCCGGGCCCUAAGCCUAGCUCCGGAGGCCCCGCCCCACGCUGAGUACCCCGCCCGCAACUCUAAGUCCCUUACCCACCCCGGCUGUGGACCCACGUGUUUUUUCUUGUCCAAUGGGAGCCGGUGUCCGGGUGCGAAGGGGCGGGGAGGAAAGGGACGACUGCGUUACGUUGCGAGAAGGGGCGGGACCUGCAACGUCGGACAGAACGAGGGGACGUAACGGAGGGAGGUCGUAGCCGCUGCCGUCGCCAUGACCCGCGGUAACCAGCGAGAGCUCGCCCGCCAGAAGAAUAUGAAAAAGCAGAGCGACUCGGUUAAGGGAAAGCGCCGAGAUGACGGGCUUUCUGCUGCCGCCCGCAAGCAGAGUGCCCCAUCAUCUCUACCCCCAGGGACUCGGAGAUCAUGCAGCAGAAGCAGAAAAAGGCAAACGAGAAGAAGGAGGAACCCAAGUAGCUUUGUGGCUUCGUGUCCAACCCUCUUGCCCUUCGCCUGUGUGCCUGGAGCCAGUCCCACCACGCUCGCGUUUCCUCCUGUAGUGCUCACAGGUCCCAGCACCGAUGGCAUUCCCUUUGCCCUGAGUCUGCAGCGGGUCCCUUUUGUGCUUCCUUCCCCUCAGGUAGCCUCUCUACCCCUGGGCCACUCCCGGGGAUGAGGGGGUUACCCCUUCCCAGUGUUUUUUAUUCCUGUGGGGCUCACCCCAAAGUAUUAAAAGUAGCUUUGUAAUUC